ACGAAACCAUCUGUCAUUAAUAAGUAUUAAAUAUUUUUCUUUAGAAAAAAAAAAAAAAGAGAAAUAUUAAAUAUUUACAGGCAUCAUCUGUUCAUCACUUGAAUUCUAAUCAACUGAUCUUUCUCUUCUAAUACCCAAUAUCUCAAACUCAAUCACUACAUUUGGAGUUUGAAGGAGAAUGGCCAAGAGCAGCUUUAAGCUAGAACAUGAUUUUGAGAAGAGGCGUGCUGAGGCUAUGAGAAUUAGGGAGAAAUAUCCAGAUAGAAUUCCGGUAAUUGUUGAGAAGGCUGAGAGAAGUGACAUUCCUAACAUUGAUAAGAAGAAAUACUUAGUCCCAGCUGACCUGACAGUUGGUCAGUUUGUUUAUGUGAUCCGGAAGAGAAUUAAACUGAGUGCAGAAAAGGCAAUCUUCAUAUUUGUGGACAAUGUCCUCCCUCCAACGGGGGCAGUGAUGUCUACUAUCUAUGAUGAAAAGAAGGAUGAAGAUGGAUUUUUGUACGUCACAUACAGUGGAGAGAACACUUUCGGGUGGCAGAUGAUACUGUAGAUAAAGUUCUUUCCUUGUAUUCCAUUCUUUGUGUUGCUGUCCAGUAUGUUUCUCAUCAUAAUGACUUGGCAAAAUCUUUGCUAGUGACUAGUCUCAUUUAGUUGAAAGGCUAUGAUAUCAAGCCUAAUUUCUCAGACCUUGCCUGUCUUUCUUGUACAGAUACAUAUCCUGUAAAUUCUCUUCCACCAAGUAAAUGAUGUCAGCUCCUAUAUAAUUUGAAUUCGACUAAAAUGUGAUUUCCGUAAA